AUGGAGAAAACAAAUACACCUUAUUAGGCCUUAUUCUAACCAUUCAAAUUAGGUCUAAUCGAAAGAACAGGAUGCUUUUCGACAACAGUGGUGUCACCUGGAUUGGAGUGCAAGAAUAGAAUUACUCUAUCAGCCAUGACAAGAGGCAGAUGUGGUCAAGACUUAGUCCCUACAGAUCAACAUGCUGAAUAUUAUGCACAAAGAGCCGCUAGUGGAUUUUUAGUUACGGAAUCAGCCUCUAUAAGUGAUAGGUCCUUAGCUUAUGGUGGAGCACCAGGAAUAUUCAACGAUGCACAAACCUAAGGAUGGAAAAAAGUAGUAGACAAAGUACAUUCCGUUAAGGGAAAUAUCUUCAUCUAAUUGCUUCAUUGUGGUAGAUAAACUCAUUCUAGUUUAUAAAAUGGCUAAGCUCCUUUGGCUCCAUCAGCCAUUAGAAUUAGAAGCUAGAAUCAAAUUGUUAAAUAAGACUAUGAAGUUCCUUAAGAAAUGACACUUUAAGAUAUAAAUUUAGUAGUAAAGUAAUACAAAGAGGCUGCUGAAAGAGCAAAGAAAGCUGGAUUUGAUGGAGUAGAAUUGAAUGCAGGUCAUGGACAUCUACCAGAUUAAUUCUUAAGGGAUAGUGCUAACAAAAGAAUUGAUGCAUAUGGAGGAAGUGCCUAAAAUAGAUGCAAAUUCUUAUUAGAAGUUGUUUAAUCAUUAAUAGAAGUAUUUGGAGCAGGUAGAGUUGGAGUCAAAUUAACUCCUGUGACACAUCAUGCUGAUAUGAAUGAUUCUAAUCCUUUAGAAUUAUAUUAAACUUUAUUGAGAGCUUUAAGUAAUUUGAAAAUUGCCUAUAUUGUAUUAAAGAAUGAAAAUGAUCCAGAAAACUUCUAAGAUUUUGGAUACCCAGCAUCUAAAAAAUAAAUACCUUGUGUUUUUUCGGCAUUCAGAAAUUAUUUCACUGGAGCUAUAGUAGCUAAUGGAGGAAUCACAUUAGAAGAGGCAGAUGAAGGAAUCAGAAUUGGAAAAUUUGAUUUUGUUGCUUUUGGUUAACUUUUUAUUUCCAAUCCAGAUCUUGUUGAUAGAGCCAGAAAUGGUUAUUAAUUAAAUAAGAGUAUAGAUUGGGGAAGUGUUUUUUUUGGAGAUUCAAAAGGAUAUACUGAUUAUCCUAAAUAUCAAAUACCAUCUAAUGUAUUAAGUGAAUUACUAAAUCCAUUGAAAUUAAAUGAUUUAUUUUUACCAAAUAGAAUUACAAUGUCUGCUAUGGAUAGAGUUAGAACUCCAGCUCCCUAUAUUCCAACUGAAUUAAAUGCUAAAUAUUAUGCUUAAAGAUCAACUGCUGGAUUAAUUGUUUGUGAAGCUACUCCUGUAAGUUAAAGAUCUAUAUCAUAUCCAGGAUCACCAUGUAUUUACAAUGAUGAAUAAGCUAAAGGUUGGACAUUAGUAACAAAAGCUGUACAUGAUAAAGGAGGUAGAUUAUUCUUGUAAUUAUUUCAUGGAGGAAGAAAAACUCAUUCAUCAUUGUAAAAUGGAUUAGAACCAUGGGCACCAUCUGCAAUUGCAAUCAGAGGAAAUUGUUAUAGUGCUUAAAAUAAACCAUUUGAAAAACCACAUGAAAUGACAGAAGCUGAAAUUCAAUUAACUUUACAAGAAUUUGUUGAUGCUGCUAAAAGAGCUAAAACUGCUGGAUUUGAUGGAGUUGAAAUCAAUGCUGGUAAUGGACAUCUUCCUGAUUAAUUCCUUAGAGAUAGUGCUAAUAAAAGAACUGAUCAAUGGGGAGGAAGUGUUGAAAAUAGAUGCAAAUUCGUUAUUUAACUUGUACAAAAGUUGAAUGCUAUCUAUCCAGGAAGAGUUAGUAUUAAAUUAACACCUAUUGGCCAUACUGGAGACAUGAAUGAUAGUAAUCCUAUUCAAUUGUACACAUAUCUAUUACAACAAUUAUCCAAACUCAAUUUGGCUUAUGUCACUUUGGUCGAAGACAAAAGCUAAGAAAAUGCUGAAGGCUUUGGUUAUCCUGCUUCUGAUAAGCAAAUUCAAAACCUUUACAAAUCAUUAAGACCACAUUACAAAGGAAUUUUGAUUGCAAACCAUUCUAUAACUCCUGAAAGAGCUAAUCAGGAUAUCAAAGAUGGCUUGUAUGAUGCAGUUUCCUUUGGAUAAUUAUAUAUAAACAAUCCAGAUCUAGUAUAUAGAGUAAGAAAUGCUUUCUAACUCAAUACUAAUUUUGACUUCAAGACCUAUUUUGGAGGAGAUGAAAAGGGAUACACUGAUUUCCCAACCUUCGAAGAGGAAAAGAAGCAAUGAGA